UGGCGCAGAAGAGCUUUGAAGAUGGCCGCCAGAUUCGGAAUUUUAUUUCCUCUGCAGUGACACAAAUAAUUAGAUAGUUCGUUUAACGAUCACGAUUUAUAGUGGUGAAUUAAUCCACCAUGAAUAGGCUUCUAUCUCAUGCGGUCGGCCAUCUCUCUGGGAAAUUUAGAACAGCAACCGACGCCGAGAAAAGGCGAUUCAUGAUGGUUUUUCGUGAUUGUGACACCGGCAGCAACGGGUAUCUGAGCAGAGAGGAUCUGAAAAUGGCUGUAGUGACACUGUUUGGUUACAAACCAUCCAAAUAUGAGGCUGAUCAGAUGAUGAAGGGAUGCGAAGGCAGUGAAGGCAUAACUGAGACCCAAUUCCUGAGCCUGAUGAGCUCCAAGCUGGCUGCACAGGACAGAGACGAGGAGAUCAGGCAAAUCUUCAUGACCUUUGACACGCACUGUCGUGGUUUCGUCACUGUAGAUGAUCUCCAUAGGGCAUUUAGUGAAGUGGCACCCCGUAUCCCAAGACAUAGGGUCGACACACUGUUUAAGGAGGUUGAUAGAGAUGGAGACGGGCGUGUCAGCUACAGAGAUUUUGAAUUCAUGAUGAAGUACAGUCUGGACGAUGGCUUCUGAAGACGAGUUGACGUCAUAGUCUGAUUGACAGAGGGUGAGAGUUGCACCAAGAAGAUGAGGUUGAAGGCAACACAGACUUAACAAUUUCCACUGAAGCUGGCAAAAGACGAGUGACAUUCAUGUCAGUGUGUGGGACCAUUGUGAUUUGGCAACAGUCCAACUCUUCGCUA